GCCGUUGACGGUAGAUCAGGUGAUGUAUGCCGCCCUCGACGCGCACUGCCUGGUGGGGGUCUUCGAGGAGAUGCUGCUCGAGAGGGGGGGUCGGCUCGCCGCCACGCCGGGGACCCGAAGCGGCGGCCGCGGCAGCGGCAGCGAAAACCCGCACCGGUGGUGGACCAGCCGGCUCGUGGCAAACAUCGAUGGGCCAAGCAGCCACCACAACCGCUGAUUUUGGAUGGAAUCGGUUUGGGGUGUUGCUCGAUUGCGAUCAGAGAGUACGGAUGGACCAAGCAGCAACCAACCAAAUCGUCGAUUUUGGUUGGAUCGAUCUUGGGUGUUAUUCGAUUGCGAUUAGACAGCACGGGUGGGCCAAGCAGCAACCAACCAAAUCGUCGAUUUUGGUUGGAUCGAUCUUGGGUGUUAUUCGAUUGCGAUUAGACAGCACGGGUGGGCCAAGCAGCAACCAACCAAAUCGUCGAUUUUGGUUGGAUCGAUCUUGGGUGUUAUUCGAUUGCGAUUAGACAGUACGGAAAGACCAAGCAACAACCAAACAAUCGUUGGUUUUGAUUGAUUCGAUCUUGGGUGUUAUUCGAUUGCGAUCAGACCUCACGGACGGCCACGCACAAGAGAAAGGGACAACACGAGGGCAAGGAGCGCAGGGGGAGAAGUGGCUUUUGGACGAGAUAAGGGGCGGCAAGGAAAAUGGCCUUUUCCCCCUCGUUCGAAUCCUUGAGGAGUUAUCGAGAGAGGGCACCAGCGACAGCAGCUGGAGAAACGAGGUUCUGUGCGAUGACGCCCUGGAAGCAAGCAGGCUUUCCCCUUCGCAUGCCGCUGAUUCCCUUUCUGCCUCGUCUUCUUAGAUGUAUGACAAAUAUUAGGGUUCUUGCUCUCGUUCUCUUCUCUGCAUUGGCCAUUUCUUUUUCAGCAGAGAGAGAGGCGACAAAAGGCUGGCGUGUGUUUUUCUAGUUUACUGUUUUCUUCUUAAACAAACUCACCUCCAUCUUGGUGAACACAUCGAACGAAUUUAAGUGAAAGUUUACUCCUCCCUUUUCUCUUCGGAUGAUGUUUUCUCUAAUAGCACUUUAGCGCUUCAGGGGGGACGGGGAACGGGAAACUGGGUGAGGGGAUUGCGUGAGGCUUGGCACGAGGUCCGAGUUCAAAAAUAAUUGGAGCUACAGCAUAGCUCAAAAUCUCGUGACGUUUCCAGCGUCAUUUUGUUGAAGGACCGCAACGGACGAUCGACGACGCGCAUACUGUGUGGCGCCUUCAGUCUUUCUUUUGUUUUCAGAGCUUUUAUGGUUGGUUUUGCACUACAUGUUUUUUUUACGAUCCGCUGUUCGGUGUGGUUGUGACUUCUCCGUACGAUCACUCGUGCUCCGUCUGAUCGACUUUACUUCCAGACGAUACAACGACGCUGCGUGGUACAUACAACGCGUCGUAUUCUUGGUUGCCGACAUGAAUGGCUUCCUUUGGUCGAGCGAGGUGUUUCUUG